AGUUGAAGUUCAAGUAAGGGUCCCAAUCUUCAUUGGUAAAAUGUCCCUAAUAAUAUCCAACAUGAAACAUUUUUUCUUCUGAUUAUCUUCAUUAAUCUUUCAAACCCAACAUCCAAAAAACAGAAAUAAGCAAUUGACAGUCUCUAAAACUUUCAUGCCCUGACGUCGAAUGAUAGCUUUGAAAAGGAAUUCCAAAAACAUUGAUACCUUGCAAAAAAGGUCAAAAUUUGUUUGCAGCUAUGCCAACCCCUUCUCCUGGUGAACUUGUCUUAAAAAACCAUUUUUUUCCAAGAAAACCACAUUCCACAUGGAAGAUAAAUAAAGACCAAAGCUUCCUACACUUCUGAAAUUCCAUUUUUUUUUAAAACAGACCCAAACCAACUAGUAAAUCAUAGAUUUUCAAUCUAGUAGAUACUAUAAUCUAUAGCCAUCUCAGUAGCCCUGAGUUUCCUGGGUUCCUUUUUUUAUUUUUAGAUAUUUUUAAUGUGGAAGAAGCCAUUAUAUAAAGCUCUCCCUUUUCUAAAUCCUCAGCUGAAAAUUUCUCCCAUGGAAGCUGCUUCCUCUAACGCUCUCGGUUUUUCUUCAAUUAUCACCAAAACGACACCAACACCACCGUUUCCAACUAAAUUUACAAGAACCCAUUUUCUCAAACUCCCUCAAAGGUUCCGAAACGACGCCUUUUUCAGAGUCUCGGCAAAUCCCUUUAAGUCUUCUUUUCUUUCCAUUUCUUCUUCUUUCAACGCAUUCAUUGGAUCCAAUGCGAAAGACACGGUUUUAGAUUGGAGCAAAGCGCCGGAGAUUGUUAACGAUAGAGGUGGGAAAGCUGAGGCUUUUGGAAGCGAAGACAAAGUCAUAACCGUGGUUCUUUUGGGAUGGCUUGGGGCUCAAACCAAGCAUUCAAAGAGAUAUGGGGAAUGGUACAAUUCAAGAGGAAUCCAUGCCGCUUGGAACAAAGCGCCGGAGAUUGUUGCCGAUCGAUGUGGAAAAGCUGAGGCUUUUGGAAGCAAAGACAAAGCCAUAACCGUAGUUCUUUUGGGAUGGCUUGGGGCUAAAACCAAGCAUUUAAAGAGAUAUGUGGAAUGGUACAAUUCAAGAGGAAUCCAUGCCGUUACUUUUGUUGUAGAAGUUAAGGAAUUGCUGUGGUUAGAUCUUGGUGUAAGGCUUGAGCAGCGUAUAUCUGAGUUUGAAAAUGAGUUGGCCAGGUACGUUUUGGAGAAAGAGGAAGAUGGUCGUGAAAGGUGCUUCAUUUUCCAUACUUUUAGCAACACUGGGUGGUUCGUAUAUGGUUCAAUUCUUAACAGUUUUCAGAGAAGAGAUGGAUUGAAAGAGAAGAUAAGAGGAGUAAUUAUUGAUUCAGGAUCAGCUGGCCCUUUAAAUCCUAAGGUCUGGGCAGGUGGUUUUGGUGCUGCUAUACUGAAGAAACGCAGCUCUUCAAUAAAUGGAUUAGAAAGUGCAGUGACUGAUUCAAAAUUGCAGAAAGAGGAACCUGGGAUGAUUGAAGCUGUGCUGCUAUCUGCCCUGGAAAAGUUCUUCGGAUAUGCUCUAAAUAUGCCUGAUGUGAACAGAAGGUUAAGAACAAUCAUUAAUGCUAUCAUGGAGCACCAUCCUCCCUGUCCUCAGCUGUAUCUUUAUAGCACAGCUGAUAAGCUUAUUCCAUAUAAAUCAGUUGAGUUGUGUAUUGAGGAGAUGAGAAAGAAGGGGAUAAAAGUAUUCUCCUUCAACUUUGGCACAUCUCCCCAUGUGGACCACUAUCGGACUUUUCCCAGCAUAUAUUCAUCUGAGCUUCAUAAUUUUUUGAAGGAAUGUUUUGCUGCUGUUAAACAAAGAUGAACCUAAGUACUUUAAUCCAUUUUUUAAUCUUGUAUUCUGAUAUUUCUUUCAAAAUGGCCCCUAAAGAAAUAUUGCAUCAGCGCCUAUUGUAUCAAAGCAUUCUUUUAGUCCUAGUAACAUUGAAGGCAGAAUAUUUGACAGGAAUCAGAACUUCACUUAUCAGGGUGAUGCCAUGAGAUCAUGGUUGAAUACUUGUAAGUUGUAAUAAACAUUGCGGUCGUGCUGAAGCAGCAAAAGCUUUCAUAUUUUGAUUAUAUUUGAUUUUUACUCGGUGCUAUGAACUUCACUGAUGUUGUAACCCUGGACAUGAAGAUCAUGAUAUCAAAGCUCAUGUGCUGGAACAGAGGCUAGACCACUUAUUGGAUGUGAAAAUGUUGGUUUUAUAUUUGCUGAAAUUAGUUUGAGUUAGGCUGAGAUGUCAUUUUAUUUUAAGUAAUGAAUAAUAAAGUUGGUUUAAAACUAAUGUCCUGGACCAAAGUUCGGCUCACAAUACCUGUCCUUAAGAAAUAGGAUUAACCUACAAGACUUGAGAUCAAACUGUCAUUCAUUUAUACAAACAAAAAACAAGUCAUGGUCCUCUUUUCCUCUCUUCUUUUUCAAAAUGUAAAUGCCAUGAAAAGCACCUCAAUGAAACAUGGCAGAGUAAAUGCAAUGUUUCUAGCACCAUGUUCUUCAUGCAUGAACAUUUGUUAGCUAUUACAUCAAGAAGAUUUCAUCUCAAUUUCAAAACAAAAUUGUUGAAAAUUUUAAGUAUUCAAUAAGUAACUGUAAAAAACAGGUAUAUCGAAAUUGUCGUCACAUGAUAAGGUAAAUGCAAUCUUAUUAAACUGAAACCAUUAGUAUGAACAAUUAACAAGUCAUCUGAAGCUAAUUUUCCGUUAACUAUUGGUAACCGGCACUCAAAAACCAAUGAAAACAAUGUUAGAAAAAGAAACAGGUGAAUGAAUUAUAUGCUAAACGGUAGCGUCUAAUGGAAAACUCUCCCAACGGCUACCCUGUUAUAAACGAAAAUUUAAAUUCCGUAACUGAACAAUCGCGUUCCCUGAUUCACUUUA